CUCGGGCAGCCGCGUCGGGGCUUUCGGCCGAAGCGUGACCCGCAGAUUUUAAUUUGGCUUGAAAAUGAGUAAGUGCAGAAAGCCCCCAGUUCAGCAGAUGGCAGAGCCAGAGGCUUUUAGCCCAGAGGUACUUGCUGACAUUUCUGAACUGUUCACCAAGAACUUCCCUUACAGCAAGCCACUCAAUGGUGAGUGGCAGCUGCCAAGUCCGCAAGAGAUUUUCACCUGUGACCACUCAGAACUGACUGUGUUUCUUGAUCUGAAACGUUCCCUAAAUGAAGUGAAAAACCUAUUGAGUGAUAAGAAGCUGGAUGAGUGGCACGAGCACACAGCCUUCACAAACAAAGCGGGGAAGAUCAUCUCUCACGUGAGGAAAGCUGCGAAUGCCGAGCUCUGCACCCAGGCGUGGUGUAAGUUCCAUGAGAUUUUGUGCAACUUUCCACUCAUUCCGCAGGAAGCUUUUCAGAACCAAAAACUGAAUUCUGUGCACCUCUGUGAAGCUCCUGGGGCUUUCAUCGCUAGCCUCAAUCACUAUUUAAAGUCCUACCAGUUCCCCUGUGAAUGGAGUUGGGUAGCAAAUACCCUAAAUCCGUACCAUGAGGCAAAUGACAAUCUGAUGAUGAUUAUGGAUGACCGACUAAUUGCGAAUACAUUGCGUUGGUGGUACUUUGGUCCCGAUAACACUGGUGACAUCAUGACCCCAAAGUACCUGACCGGACUGCAGCAUUUUGUAAGCAACAUGGCGACCGUGCACCUGGUCACUGCGGAUGGGAGUUUUGACUGCCAAGGGAACCCAGGUGAGCAGGAGGCCCUGGUCUCCUCUUUGCAUUACUGUGAAGCUGUCACCGCUCUGACCACUCUUGGAAAUGGUGGCUCUUUUGUCCUGAAGAUGUUUACUUUGUUUGAACAUUGCUCCAUCAACCUGAUGUACCUGCUGAACUGUUCAUUUGACCAAGUCCAUGUUUUCAAACCUGCAACUAGCAAGGCAGGGAACUCAGAAGUCUAUGUGGUGUGUCUCCGCUACAAGGGAAGAGAAGCCAUCUCUCCUGUGUUAUCAAAGAUGACGCUGAAUUUUGGGACCGGAAUGACCAGGAAAGCUCUCUUUCCCCAUCAUGCAAUUCCCAAGUCCUUCCUUAAAAGACAUGAAGAAUGUUGUACUUUCUUUCAUAGAUAUCAGCUGGAGACUAUUUCCCAAAACAUCCGUCUGUUUGAGUGCAUGGAAAAAGAGGAGCAAGAGAAACUGAAUAAUCUAAGGGAUUGUGCUGUGCAAUAUUUCAUGCAGCAAUGUCAACUGAAACCUCUUUCCAAAAAUAACCGGUUAGUAAAAAAAUCUAAUAUUGGUUGUAGUACAAAUACAAAGUGGUUUGGGCAGAGGAACAGAAAUUUCAAAACUUACAAUGAAAGGAAGAUGCUGGAAACCCUUUCGUGGAAGGAGAAAGUGGCCAAAGGGUACUUGAAUAGCUGGGCAGAAGAGCACGCCGUGUACCAGCCCGGGCAGAGCUCUCUGUUGGAAGGGACAGCUUCCAACCUUGAGUGUCACUCCUGGACUGUUUUAGAAGGCAAGAAACUGCCGAAGGUCAAAUGUUCCGCUUUCUGCGACGGUGAAGUCUUGAAGACUCUCAAUGAAGCAAUUGAGAAGUCAUUAGGAGGCGCUUGGGCUCUGGGUCCCAGGCCCAAACAGCAGUAUUGCUGUUCUUGCCACCUUUUUUCUGGCGACCUGGUGCUUUCUGAGGUGUUCAGCCUCAUCAGGUGCCUUCAGGAUGAGCAGGUUGCGGAAGCCAGCAACCCAACAAAGUGCCUGCUCGCGGGCUUGCCCGCUCUCUGGGAUAUCAAAAUGCACGUGCCCAUGGAAAUUUGCCUCUUGGAGUCAGCUGAACUCGUGACUUUCAGCUGUUCCUUGCUUCAUGAUGGAGACCCCACUUACCAGCGGUUAUUUUUGGACUGUCUUCUGCAUUCGCUACAGCAGCUUCAGGCAGGAGAUGUUAUGGUUUUGCCGAUACUUUCCUGUUUAACGAGAUUUAUGGCUGGUUUGAUUUUUGUUCUUCACAGCUGCUUCAGGUUCGUCACGUUUUGUUGCCCCACCUCCUCUGAGCCCCUGAGGACCUGCGCAGUUCUGCUGUGUGUUGGUUAUCAGGACCUUCCCAGUCCUGUUUUCCAGCACCUGCAGCAUGUGAAUGAACUUUUGAGCACUGCGCUUAACUCUGAUUCUCCCCAGCAGAUUUUACAAUUUGUGCCAAUGGAGGUGCUCCUUAAGAGGCCAUUACUUAAUUUCUUGUGGGAUUUGAAUGCUGCCAUUGCCAAAAGACAUUUACAUUUAAUUAUUCAGGGAGAGAGAGAACUCAGCAGCCUUGCAGUAUGAAAUGGGACGUGGCCUUUCUGAGAUUCAACUUUGUGACUUCUUGCAGUUUCUCGUGUUUAUUGCAUCCAUUGGCUCUCUUGAUUCGUUAUCUUUCGUUGGAGGACAAGGGCUGCUUCUGCAACCUCCAGCUUCUUGUCAUUCUGGAAAACCGUCCGCCAGUUUAGAUCUCCAGGAGGUUUCUGUCCAUCUGCUGGCCUGGAGUUGUCCCAGGAAGUGGUGGUGUUCAACCUUUAACAUGAGCCGUGGGUAUCAUGCAGGGUGUGGUCACACCUGUGCUUGCCUACGCAGGUGAGGUGGUCAGAUCUGCAGACUGGCACCCAUGUGCCUUCGUUUCAGGUGACUGGUGUUUUCCAGCUAACGACUUCUCAGUGACUCGCGCAGUUAAGGAGUUGACAGAGGUCGAUGAUGGAGGCGGCCAGUCGCUCCUCGGCAAUGCUGGUUUACUGCAGCCCUGGCCGCAGCAGUUGGGGCUUCCAGGGACCUCGUCUCGAUGUGUGCCAUUCAUAGUCCUUAGACCCCGUCCUGAUUUUAUGUCAAGUGAGAUGCAACUGGCAUGCUGGUUCUAUGAAUAUUUAACCAGCCACAACCAUCCAGCUAAAAAAAGAACGGAGCAGCUACAAACCAAAGAUUACGUUUAAAGCAAUGAAAAACUGUCUAAUCCUCUAUAAUCAUGAAAAGCCUAAUUUAGCUAUGAAAUUUUUGACUUGUAUGAAAUAAUCUGAAUGAAAGGACUUUUAACAUUUUGAAGUAUUUAUAGUGUCACUG